AUGGAGGAGUCUCGAGAUGAAGCAGGGCCAGCAGAGCAGGGGCCUUCUAAUGCAGCAUGGUGGGGUUCAGAUUUUAUGGAGAAGUUUGACUCUGUUUCGUUACAUUCUCAAGAAGAUACACUGAGUAAUAAAGAAUCACCUAGAAAUUAUGAAGAAGAUGACUUGUCUUCUCAAACUGCAUCACAAGUUCUUUGGAGCACUGGAAUGCUUUUAGAACCAAUUCCUAACGGUUUCUACUCUGUCACACCUGAUAAAAGACUAAAAGAGCAUUUUGAGUGCAUUCCAACCCUGGAUGAACUCCAUUCUCUUGGAAAUGAGGCUCUCAGGGCUGAUGUGAUUGUUGUAGAUUCUAAGAAAGAUAAAAAGCUGUCAAUGCUGAAGCAGUUGAUUGCUGCACUAGUGAGAGGAUUGAGUGCAAAUCCAGCUGCCAUGAUAAAGAAGAUUGCUGGGUUGGUAUCUGAUUUUUACAAAAGACCUACUGUUGACAGCCCCGCGAGAACAUCCGUGGAGGAAACUUAUCACAUGCUUGAAAAUCGAGGAGUUCAAUUGCUUGGGCAAAUAAGACAUGGUUCAUGCCGUCCUCGAGCGAUCUUGUUCAAAGUUCUGGCAGAUACUGUGGGUCUUGAGAGUAGGCUUGUUGUGGGUUUGCCAAAUGACGGAUCCGUUGAGUGUGCAGACUCAUAUAAGCACAUGUCAGUCAUUGUUGUGUUGAAUUCGGUGGAACUACUGGUAGAUCUUAUGCGAUUUCCUGGCCAGUUAAUCCCACGGUCUACCAGAGCAAUUUUUAUGACUCACAUCUCAGCAGCAGGGGAGAGUGAUUCUGCUGAAAAUGAUUCUUGCGAUUCACCACUUGAACCAAACAGUCCUCUCUAUGGUUUCCCAGAGAAAGUCGAUCCUGACAGUGCUGAAAAAGAUGACGGUCAUCAGUUCCAUCGGAAGUUAGAUGGAUCUGCAAAUGCAUCAGGCCCAUCGUUGCGGAAUAUGAUGUUGCGCUCUGCCUCAAACCUGGAUAGAAAACUUAGUUUAUCACAUAGUGAACCCAAUAUCGCUACAGCAUUUUGGCGGCGUAGCCGGAAAAAGGUGAUAGCUGAACAGCGGACUGCUAGUUCAAGUCCAGAGCAUCCUUCAUUACGGGUACGCGGAAGGUCUAUGCUAAGUGGUGAUAGGCACUCAAUUAGAGAUUAUCCCGAGGAUGUAGCUUCCUCAAGGUCAGAAGGAGCAUCAACAACAUUGGAGCCCCGUAGAUUAAGAAGAAGAAGCAUUAGCAUGACCCCAGAGAUUGGUGAUGAUAUUGUGAGGGCUGUGCGGGCCAUGAAUGAAACUUUGAAGCAGAACCGUCUAAUGCGGGAGCGAGGAGAUGGUACAUCCUCUACAGUUAAUUCGGUUGAGAAGGACAACAGCUCAGAUCAUCAAAAAAAUCUGACAAAUUUUGAUCCUGAUGGUCGCAAUGAUAUAUCUAGCAGAAGGCCUAGCUUAUGUGCACUUCAGGUGGCCCACAAAAAUUCUCAGAAGGCAAUAUCAUUACCAUCCUCGCCGCAUGAAUAUAGUAGCCAAACACUAGAGAGAGUUGGACCUUCUGGCUAUUCCACGAACGAUGAAUUGGUCACGACGUGGAAUAAAGUCCUUGAGUCACAAAUGUUACAGAAUAAGCCUCUGUUACCUUAUGAUGAAUGGAAUAUUGAUUUCUCAGAAAUAACUGUUGGAACUCGUGUUGGGAUUGGGUUUUUUGGUGAAGUUUUCCGAGGCGUAUGGAAUGGGACAGAUGUUGCUAUCAAAGUUUUCUUAGAGCAAGAUCUAACAGCUGAAAACAUGGAAGACUUUUGCAAUGAAAUAUCCAUUCUUAGUCGCCUUCGUCAUCCUAAUGUUAUAUUGUUUUUGGGUGCUUGCACAAAGCCUCCCCGAUUGUCAAUGCUGACCGAGUACAUGGAAAUGGGAUCCUUGUAUUACCUAAUCCAUUUAAGUGGUCAAAAGAAGAAGCUUAGUUGGCGGAGGCGGCUGAAAAUGUUGCGUGAUAUAUGCAGAGGGUUGAUGUGCAUACAUCGGAUGAAGAUAGUUCAUCGCGAUCUCAAGAGUGCAAACUGUCUCGUAAACAAGCAUUGGACUGUCAAGAUCUGCGAUUUCGGGCUCUCAAGAAUCAUGUUGACCAAACCGGUAACGGACUCAUCGUCAGCAGGAACCCCUGAAUGGAUGGCUCCUGAACUCAUCCGCAGCGAACCUUUCACUGAGAAAUGUGACAUUUUCAGCUUAGGAGUCAUAAUGUGGGAGCUCUGCACUCUCAAUAGACCGUGGGAAGGAAUACCACCUGAAAGAGUUGUUUAUGCUGUUGCUAACGAGGGAUCCCGAUUGGAGAUUCCGGAAGGUCCGCUGGGAAGGUUGAUUUCAGACUGCUGGGCUGAAGCGCAUCAGCGACCAAGCUGCGAAGAAAUCCUAUCUCGGUUGCUUGAUUGCGAGUAUUCCCUUUGCUGA